AUGGUCCUCCUAACCUCCUCCACCGUCUCGGUGAUCAUCUCCUCCGGCAUCAUCUGCACCUUCACCUUCCUCCUCUUCCUGUCCGGCUACGUCCUCCAACAACAAUCCGUCCGCAACAUCCAACACGCCAUCCGCGCGCCGGAGCUAUCCCCUCACAACGAGGACCAGUCCCUCCUCCUCAACACACCACCAACUCAGCAAAAACCGCUUACCCCUUCAGACCAAGACUCCAUUCCCGCCGCGCAAGGCACCUACGCGUACCUCCAGCUCCUCACCCGCCCAGACCCAAGCCACAUCUGCAGCGCGAUCCUCUUCUUCCACUCGUUAACUGCAGCCCCGGACCCCACAAACCGCACCCGCAUCCAAGACCGACUCUUCAUGUACCCGCGCGAAUGGGACCAGCUCUAUGCCCCAUCCACUCCCUCCCACCCCCCCAGCACCACCAACAGCAAGCAUUCAACCAUAACCCAAGCCCUAACCCACCUCCGCACCGCCGCCCUCGCCAACAGCAUCUGGCUCCUCCCCAUCGACACCUCCUCCCCACCAGGCACACAAACAACAGACACCCAACUCCUCCGCCACGGGCAAAUGCAAUUCGUCAAUUACGACAGCGUCCUCUACCUCCAGACCCCGGGCCUCGUCACCGACGUCACCAACCUCGACGCCGUGCUGCUCUCGCACCCACUCCCCGGAAAACACGAUCCUGCCCGGCCAGACUCGUACAAUAAUCCCGCCUGGAUGGCGGUGCCGUUGCGCCCGGAUCGGGAGAGGGUCUUGCCCGGGGACGGGGCGUAUCUGGUCACUGUGAAUCGGGUGGGGAGUGUCGGGCAGGUGGAGGCGCGGGGGCAUGUGAUGCGGCGGGAGGUUCGGGAUGGUGGGUUUGGGGGGUUGGUUAGGGGGGUUGCUGGGGUGGGUAGUGGUAUUGGGGACGAGGGGGAGGAUACUGGGGCUGGGGUGGGGCCUGGGUAUGUGGUUUUUGAGACGGAGGUGGAUGGGAGGGUUCGGUGGGAGGGGAAUGAGUUGUAUGGGGCGUGGAGGCGCGGGGUGGAGGGGGUUUGUCCGGGGGUUGGGUUUGAGGGGUUUUAUGAGUGA